UCGAAACUGUGAUCCAUCAUUCACAACACCUCAAUCUUAACCACUAAGCCAAGACAUCAUUGGUCCCUAUAUCUACUCAGUGAUACAAAACAAUUGUUACUCUUUAACUUUCUUUUAUGGCUAAGAAAAAGGGGACAAGAAAAAGAAAAUGGUUUGUUGUGACUUGUGAACAUCUCUUUAAUGGUAUUAUAUUAGAAUUUAUACAAUCCUUUCUUCAAAAUUUGCAGGUCGGGCAUUGUGUUCGUUAUCUAUCGCAAUCCAUAGUUGGUAUGAUUAUAGGCUUCAUGUUGGUAUGGCAGCUUACCCUUGUCACUGUGGCUAUUAUUCCUUUGAUGGUCGUCGCAGGAGCUUACACUGUAAUUUUGUCCAACCUAUCACAAAAGGCUGAAGCUGCUUAUGCUGAAUCUGGAAAGGUUGCCGAAGAGGUUCUUUCACAAAUUCGCACAGUUUACGCAUUUGGAGGAGAGAGGAGAGCAAUUCAUGCAUAUGGUAGGUCACUAAAAAAAGCCAUCAAACUAGGGAAGAAGAGUGGAAUUACAAAAGGAGUUGGUAUGGGUUUAACCUUUGCACUAUUGUUAUGCACCUGGGCUUUACUUCUGUGGUAUGCCAGCGUGCUUGUCCGAGAUCACAAAACUAAUGGAGGCAAAGCAUUUGCAACAAUUUUCAAUGUCAUUUUCAGUGGAUUUGCUCUUGGACAUGCGGCUCCAAACCUUGCUGCAAUAGCAAAAGGCAGUGCUGCUGCUACGAACAUAGUGAGCAUGAUUUGCACUGAUACCGACUCUUCUAAACGACUUGUUGCUGGGAUAACAUUGCCUACAAUAGUUGGGAAACUUGAAUUCCGAGACAUCUAUUUUGCUUAUCCCUCACGACCCAACAUGAUCUUUGAUGGUCUAAGUUUCACAGUAGCUGCUUCGAAGACAAUUGCUUUUGUUGGUCCAAGUGGUUCAGGAAAAAGCACAAUCAUCUCUUUGAUUCAAAGGUUCUACGAUGCUACUUCAGGUACUAUACUUUUGGAUGGACAUAACAUACAAGAUCUCCAGUUAAAAUGGUUGAGAGAACAGAUGGGGUUGGUUAAUCAAGAACCAGUUUUAUUUGCAACAUCGAUAUUGGAAAACAUUUUAUACGGAAAAGAAGGUGCAGAUAUGGAUCAAGUUAUGGAAGCUGCCAAAGUUGCAAAUGCACACUCUUUUAUUCAAGAUCUACCGCUUGGCUAUCAUACUCAGGUAGGAGAAGGUGGAGCACAACUUUCAGGGGGUCAAAAGCAAAGAAUUGCCAUCGCUAGGGCUGUCUUAAGAAAUCCAAAAAUUUUACUCCUAGAUGAGGCUACUAGUGCCCUUGAUCUAGAGUCCGAACAUAUAGUCAAGAAUGCCCUUGAUAUAAUUAUGUCAAAUAGGACAACUAUCAUGGUUGCUCAUAGAUUAUCCACAAUUCAAGAUGCUGAUCAAAUCAUUGUCCUAAACAAAGGUAGAGUCGACGAAAUUGGGACUCAUGUAGAGUUGAUGUCACAAGCAGGACAGUAUGCGAAUUUAGUCAGUUUGCAAUUAUCAGCAAAUGGUGAGAAUCAAAGUGCAAAAAGCAUUAGUAAGCUAUCUAUUAACCAUGAACAACAAGAAAACUAUAAUUUAGCUUCUAUUAAAGAAGCACAACCGAGAAAUGGAAAGGUGGAUUCAUUGGCGAAAGACCCUGCUCCAACACUGAAGAAAUUGGUUAAGCUAAAUAAACUUGAAUUGCCUUAUGCAGUGCUUGGGUCUAUAGGUGCAAUUCUAACUGGUAUACAAGUACCUUUGUUUGCCCUUGGAAUUACAAAUAUGUUGACGACGUUCUAUUCUAAUUCAAAUUCCAAAAUCAAGCAUGAUGUCCAAGUAACUGCGUUUCUAUUUCUAGUAGUGGCUGCCAUCACAGUUCCUAUGUAUCUACUGCAAAACUACUUUUUUACAGUUAUGGGAGAAAGAAUCACUGUUCGUAUGCGCUCAGAAAUGUUUUCAGCUAUGAUUUCUAGUGAACCUGGCUGGUUCGACCUAGAUGAAAACAGAAUCGGCUCACUUGUGUCGAAACUUGCUGCUAAUGCAACACUCAUUCGUACUGCUCUAGUGGAUCGCUUGUCAAUCAUAGUGCAAAACGCAGCACUAGUCGUUGCUGCAUUUGUUAUAGCCUUUAAAUUUAGUUGGCGCAUUGCAUCAGUCACCAUUGCUAUAUUUCCAUUGUUAAUAGGAGCUUCAUUAACUGAGAAAUACUUCCUCAAAGGUUUUGGGGGGAGUUACACAGGAGCUUAUUCUCGUGCCAAUUCUUUGGCUCGAGAAGCAAUAGAAAAUAUUCGAACAAUUGUAGCAUUUGGAACCGAAGAUCGGAUCUCAGCACAGUUCGCGUCAGAAUUAAGCAAGCCAAUGAAGCAAGCUCUUAUAUGGGGCCAUAUAUCAGGUGUAGCAUAUGGCUUCUCGCAGUUCCUUUCCUUUUGUUCAUAUGCAAUCACACUUUGGUAUGCUUCGGUGCUCAUCAAGCAGGGAGAUGACAAUUUCGGGGAUAUAAUCACAUCUUUUAUGGUAGUAAUCGUAACUUCAUUUGCAAUAGGAGAAGCAUCUGCUCUUACAUCCGAGAUCAUGAAAGGGUCUGAGGCACUCGAAUCAGUAUUUACCAUUCUCGAGAGGAAAACACUUAUCAAUACGAGCGAUGUUACAUCAAAGGUGUUAAACGAUAUUGAAGGAUGCAUAGAGUUUAAAGAUGUUAGCUUUUAUUACCCAACACGACCAAAACUAAGUGUUGUGAAUAAUCUAAACAUAAAGAUUUCUUCGGGAAAAUGCCUUGCAGUAGUUGGUCAGAGUGGGUCAGGUAAAAGCACAUUAAUCUCACUUGUUAUGAGAUUCUAUGACCCAACUUUCGGUUCAGUACUUGUUGAUGGAUUGAACAUAAAAAGCUUAAAUUUGAAGUCUCUCAGGGAGAGAAUAGGCUUAGUUCAGCAAGAGCCUGCAUUAUUUUCGACCACAAUCUACGAGAAUAUACGUUAUGGUAAAGAGGAUGCCACAGAAGUAGAGAUAUUGCAGGCUGCAAAAGUUGCAAAUGCUCAUGAGUUUAUAAGUGGAAUGCCUGAAGGGUACUACACACAGGUUGGAGGAAGAGGAUGCAUGUUAUCAGGUGGUCAAAAACAAAGGGUGGCCAUAGCUCGCGCCAUCCUUCGAGACCCAUCAAUCCUUCUCCUAGAUGAAGCAACAAGUGCACUUGAUACUACCUCAGAGAAACUUGUUCAAGAGGCUCUCCACAAGGUACCGAGAACAUAAUUGGAGCAUUAUUGGACAAGCUUGAGUAUUUAGGAGCAAUUGGAAGCAAGCUACAUUGAUAAGGAUCAUUUUGGAUGUAUUUGAAUGCAAAUUAGAGCUAAGUUGGAGUUGAGAUUCAUUGAUAGAAUUGUGGAAAUCGAGUCAUGUUCACUCUUUUAUCCAUAACUUCUGACUUGAUCCUGAUAUUGGUCUGAUUUCAGUGGCGUUGGAAAGUAGGCUUGAAUAUCUUUCCAACGUUAGGUCGCACGACCCAAGGCGAGUUGUAUUUUGAGAGAUAUGGGCUUCGAAAGUUGGCCCAAUCUGCCAGAAACUUCUUACGCGCACGCGACUUUAAUGAUUUCGGCCAUUUAGUGAUUUAUUUGGCUUCCUUAUCUUGUAAUUUUGUUCCCUACUAGUUUUAGGAGUUAGAACUCUAUAUUAGAGGGUUUUUUAAUUAGAAUAGGACAUCUAAUUAUUCACUUUUCAAUAUCACGUUAUUUUCCUCUAUAGUUUUAUGCCCUGAUUUAUUUUC